UCACGCGUUUCACGCUCUCUCUUCUCUUUGCCCAAACACUCCGAACCUAAAGCUUCGUCAAAGAUAUUUUCGCUCAAAAAAAGAUAAAAAGUACAAAGUUAGAUUUGAUCGGGAAGGAUGGCUCUGGUUUCAGGAGGAAGGUCGACUCUAAACCCCAAUGCCCCACUUUUCAUUCCUGCUGCUUUCCGCCGAGUGGAGGAUUUCUCUCCAGAAUGGUGGCAAUUGAUUACCACCUCAACAUGGUACCGUGACUACUGGCUAAGCCAGCAUCAAGGCGAGGAUGGUUUCUAUGACAAUGCUGAGGUUGACUUUAAUAGUGUCAAUGUUGCUGAUUUACUGCCAGAGAGCUUUGAUUUUGAUGACGAUGACGAUUUUUCAAGUAUGGAAGCUCAGUUUGAGGAGUUCAUCCAAUCUUCCGAAACUGAAGGCUUUGGAGUGAAUGCUGCUGAGGCAGUGAUGAAGAAUUUGAAGUCUUUGGAGGAAAGAAGUCCCAAGGCUCCAGUGCAACCAGCAAAGUAUGCAGAAAAGGCAACUAAGGGCUUGAGUGCAAAAUGCAGCCCCCGACGCAUCCAGCAGCCCCGUUAAACAAGAACAAGAGCUUGCCGUGACUUUAGUUUGUAGUUUAUCCAGCACUUGAACAAAGUAAUGUGUAGCUUUUGCAUUCUGUAACUUUCUGUAUAGAGCAAGGUUGCAACUCUUGUAUCCACCCUUGUUCAUUCUUAGUGUCUUUUGUUCAGUUUACAGUCAGCGUACCAACAAAACCUCCAUGAAAAUGUAAAACUAAAAAAAUGUAAAAUUUUAACAAAGAAAAAAAAAA